CUAGUUACUCGGGAAUUUAAAAAUGUUGAUGCGAGAAAUCCCAAACAUUACUUACUAGUAACUCCAACGUUACUUGCUGUGACGCUAUUCUUCUCUUUUUAGUUUUGAUUUAACUAAUAACAACGAAUUAAUAGUAAUGGCAGAAAAUCGUUGCUUACCAGUAAUUGAAGAAGAGGAAAUAGAAAUAGACGACGAUUUCUACGAGAAGAUUGAAGCACCUAAGUUCGUAGACCUCACCGCACCUGAUAAACGCCCUCCCGAUUAUGACCGCCACUGGUUCUGCUUACGCUUCGGUUGUGACCAAAAGCAUGAGGAAGAAUUGGAUUCUGAAGCAAUUUACAAUGAUUUUGUUCUUCGGGUUAUGGCAGCUAGAAGUCCCAAUGUUAGGCUCAGAAAAGCAUUGAAUAGAAGAGAAAGAGAAGCAAGUGGAAAUUUAAAGUGUCCCCUUACAGCUCCUGCAAAGCCAAGGAUGUCAAGAAUGGCUUUCAUAUCUUCCUUGUCACACAAGGUGACUGAGAAUAAUGUGAAAGUUGUUAAACCUCUUUCUAAGGUUUCUGCAACCCCAAAUGCCAAGGUGAAGCAAUCACCCUCUUUGACAAAGGCUUUGACCACUCCACGGAAUCCAAAGAAGGUUUCUAAUUUGGAACAGUUUAGGAGUGUUCAGAACAAGAAAGCAGUGACUGUUGCUGUGCCUAAGGCUAAGAGUAGAGUAGUGGCCAAAGCCUUAGUUUUUAACUCACCAAAGAAGAUGAUUGAUACCAAAAGUUCUGUAGAAUUGAAAACAUCCAUGAAAGCAUUGUGUUCUGCAAUGAAGAAGCUUGAAUUCAAUGGAGUGAAGAAGAAUGGAGAAGGAUGUAACAACUCAUUGCCAGUGGAUUCCUCUAGAAAGAAGCAAUUCAAGGGGCGAGAGGUUAAAAGUCGUGUGUUCGAUUCAUUGUAUUCUAGUAAUCGAAAGGGACCAGAAACUAGCAAUGUUAGAUGUCCUAAAGAGAAGAAAGUGAAAGCCAUGCAGAAACACCAGGUUCCUGAGCAGCAACAUAGUGACACUAGUGACAUGGAGAUUGAAGAAAAAUCAAGGAGUGACUCUCUAGAAAGAGAAGAGAGUUCAAGAGAUGAUACUACCUCACUGUCAAGCUCGAUCGAAGAUGAGAAGAAAACUAUUGAAGAGAGUGAAAAUGAAGAGAAAAGGAUGACAGUCUCAGACAAGGGAAAAACUCCUGAAGCCAAAAAGAGAAAGGCUGAUAAAAAAUCAAUGGCUUCUGAUGAUAAAGAAAAUGAGAUUGAACUUACUGAGGAUGAUGACAAGGAAAACUCUUCGGCCCCUAGUGAGAAUAUAGCAAUGAGUACCAACAAUGAUGGUUCUAAGAAGGCCAUUCUUGGAAGCAAGCAGGAAGAUAGAAAAACGCACAAGACCUUGAAACAGAAAUCUACAUCUACUACAACUGGCUCUCAAGUUGUAAAAUACAGAAAAUUAAAGCCUACCAAUCCUAAGCCUUUCAAGUUCAGAACUGAUGAAAGGGGAAUUCUGAAAGAAGCAAACUUAGAGAAAAGAAUCACCUCGCCCUUGAAAGAAACCACUGCUAAAGAUGGCAAGGCAAUAAGGAAACAUAAGAAUAAAAAUGAAACUUGUCUAGCUCAAAGUCAUCAAGACAAUUAUAGCAGCUGCGACGAGAAAUCACACCAAACAAUGCAACAAAACCAAACAGGAAACAUUCAUAGUGACAACAACUCCAACACCAAAGUGCAACUUAAAUUAUCUGCCAAAACAUCUCAAAGAAAUCCUGGUCCUAAACUUCAGAAACAUGUUGAUCUUGAUGAAAAUUUCAAAAGAAAAUCCAAAAUGAUGCAAUGUAAUAUUGUGACGCCUCUAAGUGUUUUGUCCAGGAAGAAAGAUAAAGCAGUUCUUGCAACAGCUUGUAAACUUAAUGUCAUUAUUGAAAAGCCUUCAGAGACUGUAAAACCAAAUGAAACGGCAACGCUCCGUAAACAUGAUGCAUCUUGUUCACAAGGAAGAAGAGCUUUAACUGUUCCCAAGGAACCAAAGUUUCAGAGUCUCCAUGUGCCCAAGAGCUGCACUACCAGGAAACCAAGUUAGGGGCUCAUAUAUUGGUGAAGGGAGGGUGUUGUUCAAUAUCAUCGUUGAAUUUUGUUGAGUUGCUUUGGUAAAUUGAAGAAAAAAAGAUGCAUUUGUUGUUGUAACCUAUGAGAGAGAUAGAUGAAUCUUUUGUAAUGCAAGCCUUUAUUUUGGCUUUAGUUUAGAUGUGUGUGAGAUUGAUUUGAUUCAUAUACAAGAUUUGUUGUAAUGAUAAUAAGAUCUGUAAAUGUGCAGUUUUUUUA